GGGUCUUUGGGACCGCUCGUGGGCGUAGCACUCGGAUGAUAUCGAAACUUGGUUUGUUUUUAUUCAUCAUGAUCCAAUUAACUUUACUCAGUCCUCCGCCGACCUUGAGGCUGUUUGCGAGAACAUCCAACGAGUUCCAACUUUAUCAAGACGUUCUACAGGAGCUCAAUGGGAUCAUGCAUACCGUCCUCAGAGCUCUGUUCGGAUUAUCAAUCUUAGCUUCUGCAGCGGAAUUCCCCAAUAUAGCAACCAAAGUGGAUGAUUUUCGAACGGCUUUCUCAGAUCUGUCUUGGGUGGUUAGAGACGUUGCAGGUGACAUCAGGACCGCCAGCAUAGACUUCCGUUACGCCAUUUGGAGCACCAUUCAAGACCCAAAACUAUCUAUAUCCUCGAAGUUGGACAUCUUGGAUUCUUGGAUGAAGUCUUUGGAAAGCAAGAAGCUGGGGGCUUUACGGAUGCCCGAUCAAUUCCAUCGUUUCUGCGGCGACUUUUCCAAACUAUCACAAGAAGCACAGGACACCCGUGAUCAGAGUGAACUUGCUAUCGAGAAGGAUAUCAAAUCUACUUCACAUAUGCUGCAGGAGCUUGGCGAAGAAGUUUCACCUGUCUUGCUUCUGAAAACCCUGGCUGGUCAACUAAAAUCUUGGAUCAAGAAACUUCGGUUUGCCAUGUUGAAUUGGAUGUCUCGCAGAAGUGCAUCUACCAACUCUUCGAUCCAAGCCACGCCGGGCAUUCGGUCUGUCAUGAGCAGAAGAGAAGAAUUAAAGGCGCUGCGUGACGAGAAAGAAAGAGAACUGCAAGUUUUACAAACUCGGAAGCGACAUCUGUUGGGUCUUCACUCAAAAAGAGAUCAGUUUGUUGAAGAGGUGGCGGCAACCUGCCAAAAGAUUGCACUCGUUGCUGCAAAGGUUGACGUCUUUAGCAAGAUGUAUCAUAAGCUUGAUGAAGGCACCGAGGGGAUUAAACAUGUUAUUUCGGAGCAAGCCCCAUCACUAGGACUUGAACGUAAUUCUCAUAGCGUUUCGUGACAAGCUUGAUCGGUACUCGAAGAUGUUGGAGGAAUUCCAGAAGCGCGCAAUGUGAACGAUUGAAGUUAUCUACUAUUUAUUUGUGGGAGUCUACGUCUCAUGCCGUUCUUGCGAGUCAUUUGAUGGGUUAAGACGCGAGGAUGAGAUGGACGGAUUUAACUAUCGAGAUGUUUCUAUAUACGAUCGAAAACAUCCAAAAUAGGCAAUGACUUUAUUUUCAGGUGAUCGUCGAUAUACCCAAUGCGAGUUGCAGUUCCUGCAUCGUAGAAUACAGGAGUAGCUGAACACGCGAAUGUUUCCAGUUAGCCACAUCGCCGCCCUGAUGAACUUGCGAAUGUUAUGCAUACCUCAACAGAUUCAUGACUGGUAGCGUUGGUGUCAGAGGAUAGGAGCCUAACGCCAUGCAGAUUUAUUACUUCAGCGCACGUUCUCUCUAGUAUGGAGAUGCUGGGGAGCAAUGCCAUUAAUCCGCUUUCAAUGUUCAGUAGUACAUCCAUGGUCUCUCGUUGGUCGCUCAAUUGGUCUCUCCU